CUCUGUGGUCUUCCAUCUCCUAUCACCUUCGUCUUGUUCAAGCGUUGAGCGCACAGCAUUCUAUUCUCUAUCGCAGGUCGACUAAUAAUUAUCCUUUUAACAUCACUUGAUAGUGCUUUCAUCUCAACCGUUGUAUUCUUUGCGCAAUCGAAAACCAUCAUGGAAAAAUACACUGACUCCAACUCAUCGCAAGGCGAUGCCGAAAACACCGCUUUUAUCACAACACCCUACCAAAGCGAUGAAAGGCAACGGCGGAGAAGCUACAUCUAUCUUACACUAUUCAACCUGUUCCUUUUCACAGUGUCAAUGCUGUCCUUGCUAUGCUCGGUCAUGUCGCAAAGAGACUACUCGGGCCAUUCAGCGGCUAAGCUAAUGGAUCAGUUCGACAUCUUCUCGCCUGCAAAGCACGUUGUCGAGUACAGUCACACGAAGUUUGAAUUAGCCAACCCUUUGAACUCUUCGAAAUAUGUCGGUAUUACCGAUGAUGUAGAGAACGCAUGGAUGGACGUCGCAUACCUGCCCGAUCAAAUGGUGUCGAUGGAAGACUUCCCCAAGCUGCAAAAGCCCGCCGACGCCCUUCAAGUCACGGACCCCAAAACAGGCGAAACAGGAUACCGAGUCGGUCUAGAAGUCUUCCACCAACUGCACUGCCUCAACCUCCUCCGCAUGUCAACAUACCCAGACUACUACACCAAGCUCUGGUGGAGCGACACCAACGACAAGCCUGAAAAGGUCAGAGCGCAUCUAGAUCACUGCAUCGAGAUCCUCCGCAUGAACCUCAUGUGUCUUUCCGACGUCAACGUCUUCACGUUCCACCCACAAGAGGGCAAGGAGGGGUACUGGCCUGACUACGAGAGUCACCAUGUAUGCAGAAACUUCGACAAGAUCAAGGAUUGGGCCAACGACAAUGCGAUGCCGGACCUUGAUGUGUAGGCUUAGCUUUCAGGCCGGUUGGAGACGGCGCGUGUAUAUAGUGUAACAGCAUCGAAAAUGCAUCUGCAGCGAGUAGAGAAGCAUGAUCACGCAACAAAUCUAAUGCUCAUGGUGAGUGAUCGAGUACCCUUGUUGUCGUUGUUGCAUGCUGUUCACAUGCUCCUCUACCCCAUAUGAAACAGGCUGUUUCAGUUUCGCAUCACAGUCCGUGUAUCUCGCCCCGCCUAUGCACCUUUGUCAUGCAGCAUUAUGCUUUGUUUUUCCAACUGCUUGGGCAGAGAGCGCAUGAAUCGCUGUCGAAUCGAUUCGGUCAGUGGCUGCAACGAUGAUGCCCUC